AUGAUGGCAGGCAGGGGUGCGGGGGCAGCCAAGGGGACCAGGGGAACCUUGGGGCCGGGGCCAGUGUCGUUUGUGCUUAGCCACAGGGCGGAGCAGCGGUGGCCGCUGCCCGUGGGACCCUGCGUAGUGCCCCAUGACAGCGACACCGAGACCGACAGUGACUUCUUGACAGCAGCAGAAGACCGGGAGCCCAGUGCCCGGCCAGCCCUGCUGCGCCCAAAGUAGCUGGUGAUCCCCCUGCUGCCCCAUCCCCACUUGAGGAACCCGGAGCGCCCUGUGCCCACACACAUUCCACCCCCGCUGCUGUGACACCCCCAGCAUGGACCCCACCAGGCUGGGGCUGUGGAUCUCCCCUGGGUGGAGGCUCAGGCGGUGCAGGAGCUCCUGUAGAAGGCAGGGCACAGCCAGGAGAAGCCUGAGAGGGGCUCUGGAUCCCUCAUUGUUAUCCCCCUCCAGCUGCCCGACAAAGAUGUUGCCACAGGGCUGCUGCCGACCCCCCAGGACUACGAGGCCAUGCCCAUGGAGUUCGGGCUGGCCAUGCUGCAGGGUAUGUGCUGGAGUGCUGCUGUGACAGACACGCUGGAACUUCAGUAUGAACUGGCAUGCGAGGCAGCAAAAUGGGACCCCACUCUUGACAGUUUGCUGUCAUCUGGAGGGACAUGCAGUACAAUUGGAAUUGACUGCAUCAGAGGUGGAAGCACAGUCCCACCACUUUCUAUAGACUGA